GUCAGUCCGGGCGCCAAAGUAACUUAAUUCAUUGCAGUCGGUUUGGGAUUUAAGAGCUUUUUGGAUUAAUCUUUAUUUCUUCAUUAUUAUUAUUUUUUUUACCUUAAAGGAUUCUCUUUUUAAGAGUGCUCGUGUUCUUGUGUAUUUUUGCUCGGUGUAAAGUUGACAGACGGUAUCAUAGAUAAAGUGGACUUUCUGACAUCCUACAGCUCGCUAACUUUACCAGCUAAUAUUUAGCAUUAACUGCAGAGUACUUUGAAAUUAAGGACGCAACCAACUCGGGAUAUGCAUAGAUAUGCACUGGAAGAUAUGGAAGACCACUAAGACGUCUGUUCAACAGAUAGUUAUUUGCAGUGUGGACAGUACACUUUUUGCAAGGUGGUGAGGAGUAACUUGAACUUUAGCCGUCAGUCAGCAGCAGCAGGGGUCAACAACCUCAGCAGCUGAUCAUUGAAUAUCAAGAGGAAACAAAGACAUCGCUGGAGUCUGUUCAGAAGUAGCUGUCAUUCAAUUUGCUGAACAACACCAAGCAGCAGUGGAGGAUCACAGUGAAAUCACCUGGUGGCUCCUGACCUGCAAGGAUCCAAAGUCUUUUGGCCCAGUGGACUUGUGCUACAAAGUGGACUGAGGUUGUAAGGAGUGCUGUGAGCGAUGUGUGGGCAGCCUGCCCUGGGCCUCGCUCAUCGCUACCAUCCUCCUGUACAUGGGCGUGGCUUUGUUCUGUGGGUGUGGCCACGAAGCUUUGAGUGGCACCGUCACCAUUCUCCAGAACUACUUUGAAGUCAUCAGAGCCCCGGGAGAGACACUGGAUGUUUUCAUCAUUAUUGACAUCCUGAAGUACAUCAUCUAUGGUCUUGCAGCUGGAUUCUUUGUGUUUGGAGUGCUGUUGCUGGUGGAGGGCUUUUUCACCACCGGAGCUAUCAGGGAUCUCUAUGGAGAGUUCAAGAUCACCGCCUGCGGACGCUGCCUGACUGCAUUUCUGAUGUUCCUCGCCUACCUGUUCUUCCUGGUGUGGCUGGGAGUGACAGCAUUCACCAGCCUGCCGGUCUUCAUGUACUUUAACGUCUGGACAAUGUGUCAGAACACAAGCUUGGUCGAGGGAGCUAACCUCUGCCUGGACCUGCGCCAGUUUGGAGCAGUGACCAUCUCUGAGGAGAGGAAGGUGUGUACAGGAUCUGAGAAGUUCUUCAAGAUGUGUGAAUCCAACGAGCUGGACUUGACCUUCCAUCUGUUUGUGUGCGCACUGGCAGGAGCUGGAGCUGCUGUCAUUGCCAUGGUCCACUUCCUGAUGGCUCUAGCUGCCAACUGGGGCUACCUGAAGGAUGCCAGCCGGAUGCAGAAGUAUGAAGACAUCAAGUCGAAGGAGGAGCAGGAGCUGCAUGACAUCCACUCUACACGCUCCAAAGAACGCCUCAAUGCCUACACAUAAACACACACCUACAAGAAACGACACACACACACUUACCUGUCAGACACACACAAGAUGAUACAUGCUCACACACACUCACACACAAACAUGGCCUGACACAAGCCUAAGGAUAGCAGAAACAUACAGUACAUGCAUGAGUGAAAAAAAAACAUACACAAUCGUACACUACAACACACAACUAAAGACAUGAGUAGGCAGAAGUUACUAACAAAAAAAUGAUGAAAACACAGACACCAACAUCAUCCUGGUGUUCCCAGUGGAUCAUUUGCUCAGGUUGUACGCUAACGCUUAAGCAUCCAUUAUGUUGAGUGAGAGUAUGCUUUUAGCUUUACCUCCAACAUGAAAAAUUCUUUAUGGCUACAUUUCGCUGUUGUAUGUAGAAAAAUAAAAUUUAGAAGAAAUUCGAUCCAAAAGUCAUGAGCAGCUAUCACUUCUCUUGACAGGGGAAGUGAGUCUGCUGGGUGAGAUAAAUACAUGAUUGAUUUUUUAAAAUGCUACAAAAACAUAAAUCAGAUUUAUGCCGUUUGUGAUAUUUUACUUUGAAUAUUUCUGAAUAUAAAGACAUAAAUUUACCAGGGCUGGCCUCAGGCUUUUUGAAGGCCCUAAGAAUCCCUUUCUCCUCCCCCACCCCUACACUCACAGUGCUAACCUGUAACACUUCUAAGUUAUCCAAGGCAUUUAAGGUUUGCCUUUUAGCUAGGUAGCAUUAUAUAUCAUUUUCCUCCAAAAACUAUUGGUUAGCUGUUUGAAAAGUGCUUUGCUAUGUGUGUAUGUGCAGAACAAUCAACUACAACUAGCCUAUAAUCACAGAAAAAAACAACAAAAACCUUACAAACACUUAGCAAAACAAACCAGUACAGUGUAUGUAUAAAACAGCACAAGAAAAUAUUACUUGAAGAAAUACCAAAAAAAAACCCAAAGAACCCAAAGAAAUGUCACAUUUUUGCUUGUGGCCCCCCAGUAGUUUGCCUGCGUUCGGGCCAGCCAUGCUUUUCCUUUUAAGAUUGCAGACACUUAACUAAACGUUGCCAUCUUUACUUGUGUCAGUGUUACCGGCUUACUGUCACUCAACAAUAUGGAUACCAACAUCACAGGAACUGUUAGCAUAGCACACAGAUGAAUUUGGUGUCUAUGAGCUCAUCAUUUAACGGGGGAGCCGUCCAGCAGGACAAUGUCACUGUCUCCCCCACAAGAGCCUCAAUACCUGCAGUACACACAUCACACAUAACUCAUUCACACACACACACACACACACACACACACACACACAUAUAGAUGUGGCUGAAUGGUCGGUGUUGUGCAGGCAGUGUUGUAUGGUGGUGUCAUGCUGUGUCGUGUCGUUUCGCCACAUUAUGAUGACUGGUAUUGCAGAGAAAUAUGGUCCCUGAGGAAAUUUGUACCUCCUGGGUACAAAUGGGUAGCUUUGCUAACUUUCCUCCCUUCCCUUCUCUUUUUCUCCCUCCUUUUCUCCUCUGACCUCACCUUUCCUUCUCUAUUCUGCGACCUCCUCAUCUUGAGCCCAGUUUCAUUAGUUGUUCCACAUAUUCUUCUUGGACAUACUGACCAGUAUGUCCAUCAGAUGGCCAUGUGCAGGGCAGGGGGUUGGGUUUUUGAGACAGAAUGCACUUAAGAAGGCUUAAUAGUUAAUUGUAACAAUAACAAAGAAACCAUAUAUUGAUUGAUAAAAUAUGCAGAUGAAUUGAUGUCAUAAGUAAGUCAAAAUUCUCUUAAUAGUAUUUUAUUUUUACUGUAUAUUACAUGUCAGUUGAACUAUCAGAGUAUAAGUACUUCAGAUGGCAGCGGGGAUUUCAAAGAGGCCAUUUAAAACAACUAGUGAAACGGUGCUUUGUGUCCUUUUCCCCCUCGUCCCCAGUUUGUAUAAACUUGUGAUUUGUCCUCAGAAACAGCACAUCUUAGCAGCACAAAGUCUUUUUAACGUGUCUCAUCAGUCUGUUAAAUGAUGUUUUUUCUCACUUUUUGGAAUUUUGCCACAUUUUUAUCAGUAUCAUUUAUGUGUAAUUUUAGCAUUGGGGGUAUUUAAAGAGGGCAGGUGUGUGUUUUGGGGGGGUGUUAUAUCACAUUCACAUUUUCAUGUAAUGAUUCUGUAUUUCAGUGAUUCUGCACACACACAAACACACAUACAUAUGCGUAUACACCAAUCAUCCUUAAGAGUUUCAAUUCUUUUGUUGUCAUGUUUUGUUUUUCAUAUCUUUUUUUCAUCAGGCCCUAAUGUGACCAAAAUUACUGUUCAGUCAUAAGUUACAUUUCAAAAAUCACUGAUACUUCUGUAACAGUCGGCUUGUCAUUGGUGACAUGAACAGAUAAUUACUGUGAAUUGUGGAUGGUGUCUUGGUUGUUCAGGAGUGGCUUCUUUUUAAAGGCUGAGCUUGUUAUUUUCUGUCUGAGCCGGAUGUUUUUAAAGAUGGAGGAUUCUAGUAAAGCAGAACAGAAGCAUUUCGUGGCGUUUUUAAAAUCUUAUGAAGCCAUUGGUGGAUUUUGUGAGGCGUCUGAAGUGGAUAGGCGUGAUGCAUACCCUUGAAGAAGGAAACAGUUAGUUUUCAAAAUUUAAACAAGCUCUGGACGUGCUUAAGGAAGAGGAGAUAAAACUCAACACUGGUGGCUGCAGGGACUGAUUGAACUGCAGUAGUGUUAUUGGGAAUGAAUCAUGGUCUGGGAAUGAUUUGCUUUUCUGGAUUGGUUUCAUAUGGAUCCAAAGCUGUUCCCAGUUCAUAUAUUUGGUGCCUCAAUUAUCUCCUCGGGUGUUUUUAUUGUGAAUGCUGAAUAUUGUAUUAGUCUCAGAUCAAAAGCUACACUUGCCAGGAUGCAGUUUUUAGUAAUCUGCCUGGAUUGGAUUUUAAAAUUAGGAACCUUUUUAUUUUUUGAAAUGACCAAUAACACUCGUUUUAGCCUAUAGUUAUGGUGAGAAAAAUCAGGAUUACCUUACUUGUUCUUAUGCAGUGUAAACACCACUUCAGCUUCAGAAGAAGAAGAUCUGAAAAUUAAGCUAAUGAAACUUAGUGUGUCACCAGUGUACAGGCCUGUUCUGUUUGUAUUAUGUGUUAAACCAGCCGUUAGAAUAGAAGGAUUGUAUGUUAUGUCCUGUAAUAAGCUGUGAAGGAAAGUGAUGAUUCUCUAUCUGCCAGUAGAGAUGACUGAGAGGGAAUUCAGUGCGUGUUCAGAAUGAUGAAGAUGGUGGUGCUGAUGGUGAUAGUGGUGAUGACGUUGGUCAUUGAAGGGUUCGAUUUGAUGAGACUACCAGCACAGACACACACACACACACACACACACACACACACACACAGACACACACAGACUCCACCACCGCCAUCACUCUGAGCCAUAAUUCUUUGCUCUUUUACUUUUCACCAAUAACAUUUCACUAUUUUAUUAUCAACUUGUAAUCUUUGAAACUUUUUAAAUGUGAACUCAUUUAAUUGGAAAAAAAUUAAUGUGUUUUUUCUUUUCCUUUUUGUGGGCAGUAUUAAGCACUGUACCUACAUUAACUCUGUAUAAAGAUAUACAUAUAUGUGAAACAGUUGAGGUGCGCAGCCGGGAGAAUGAUUUCCUAUCGGUUACAGAGUCUGGAGGAGGUUGUUCAGUCCCAAUGUCCUGAGCUUCUACUCCCUAUAAAAGCUGCAUUUACACACACACACACACAUAAGAUAUGGGGUUUUUAAGUAUUUGAAACACAGUGAGGAGAGAAAAUACCAACAAAACAGAUGGAUGCUACAGAUCAGCAAGUCUCAGCAAGAUGAUUUUCACAAUAUUCUAAAAGGUAGAGAAAACAUUCAGAUAUUGAAAAAGGGUUGGUAAUAAUAUAAAGUAUACAUCACGUCAGUUGUAGUAAAUGAGGUAAGACGUGCAAAAACACCAGUAUAGACCUUUAAGUAUCAGACAUGGUCACAAGAUGGCACCCCAGCCUCUUAUAAAAUGUUAAUGACCAUGAGAAGAUCAGAGCAGCGUAGUAGUAUUUUCUCACAAACUAAUUGGAAUCUAAUUUCUUCCACGAUCACACUGGUAAAAGAGUUGAAAUCAGAUUCUUUGUGUUGUGUAUAUGCAGCUGAAAGUUACAAAAUGAAAAAAAAAAAAAAACACCAUGUUCACAGAGGGGGGACUCCACCAGACUCGUGUCUUGUUCAGGUGUGUCUCGGCUGCAUACAGUCAGUAUUUUUAAGGGUCUAGUUUUACAGUAACAGUAUUCUAUCAUUUCAUUGCCUGACAAUGGAUGUCUUGUCAGUGUUUUUAACCUCAGAUAAAAAAAAAUAGUUUUUUGUGCACUUAUUGACCAUUGUGAGCUCUCUCUCUCUAAUUCUUGGUGUGUAAGUGCAUUGAGAUCCCCAUCGUGGGACCUGUGUAUAGUCUUGCAGCAUUGGUUAUAACCUGAAGAAAUAACAAUGAUGAAAAUGAAUGAAUUCAUAAUAAUGAAGAAAAUCUUAUACUAGGUAAAAAAAAAAAAAAAAAAAAAUUAAAAAAGACAGUGAAUCUAGUUGUUGUUUGUGGCAUGGUUAUGCAUUCAAUGGUCAUAAUUUAAAUGAUUAAAACAAUACAAAAAAAUCAUUCUUUACCACUGGCACUGUUCUGCUGUUUUUGUUUUGUUUUCCACUUUUCAGUGUGCAGUAUUGCGGUUCCUGUUGCUAAUGGUGUUGCUAAGCUAGCUUGCUUGCUCAGUUGUUUACCACCAGAGCAAUAUAUUGUAGCAGUUUGAUGAAAUCAAAAAGGAAACAAGAAAUCCAUAGCCGUAAAUUUCUGGCAUACAAGUGCAUGAAUCUAUGAUUGCAAGUCUUAAGUGAUAUGAUCAUGGUGUUCUUUAGUGUUUAUAAAGCGGAUUUGCAGAUGUGUAAUGUAUUGCUCUGGCCACCCAUUAUCCUGCACCCACCUGUGCUCACAUCCUCUUCCUCUCUCUGUAUGGGGGUUUAGGCUACAUUCACACCACAGCUCUUGAUGUCCAAUUCUGAUUUCUUUUUUUUCUUUUUUUUUUGCAAUAUUUGAAUUCAAAAGUGACUCAUAUUUGAUUUCUUGUGUUUACGUGCUUGAAACAACCUGCAUGUGUACACAAGAGUCAGUGAUGCAUAAGUAAAGCACCACGUAACCUAGCAACAAGCACAGUCUGCACAGCUCACACAGCCAGAUCACUAACAAGGCUAAAUAAUGAUUCAAACCACUACCCAAGCAGAUUUAGAUCACGUUUGAAGGUGAAAAAGAAUGAGGCCUGGUUAUAGUCCACAAUGACUGCUGCUACCUGGGUUCAGAGGGAUGCAAGGAACUAACAGGCAUUAGAUUCCUUUUGAAUUGGAUCACUGCAUAUGAAUGUGGCCAAAAUUAGAUAUGAAAAAAUGUAGUUUUUCAUCUGAGCAAAAAUUCAAAUUGGGUCAUCUUUGGCAGUCGGUGUAAAUGCAGCUUAAAUUAAUCCAAAGCACCUAAAAGUUUGGUAUUUAAGCCACAAGAAGAUCCAGCUGCUGUUAGAAUCAGGAAGAGGAUGUGAGCUGCUUGCUCUCCAUUUGUUCAAGUCUCCUCAUUUAACCCAUGUCUCUUUGUGAAGAUGAAUAUGUGUAUUGACAUGUACUAAUCCUGCGUCCUUCUUGUCUACCCACUGACCACUGCUGAACAUGGUCUUACUUUACCAUUCCACAAUCCUGACUGCCCACAUUUGUGACAGGAUUCAGAAAUCUGACCAUGUCAGCAUAAAUCAUGAAUUUCAACAACAUGAAAUCUGAUUUAUAACCUUCCGUGAGAAAGAUUUGAUCUGUUUUUGACUGUGUAACUGGGAUAUUCUUCCCUGUUUUUGCAGCUAUAAAACCUCAGUUCUGCAUCACAGGAUGAAAAAUCUGAUCCUCUGUGCCUGAAUAAAUUCAGCUCUUGUCCACCAUGAACUGAACCACAGAUCCAAAAGCUGAUGUCAGUCUGCGACCAUAAACUGAUCAUCACGUGUUUCAGAUCCAUGCAUUAUGUCAGGUUGGACAUUUUGGACGUUGGGAGUAGUCUUUUUUUUCUGUCUCCAUAGUAUUUUAGACUUUUUGUACUUCACUCUGGUUGCUUAGUAGCAGGCUUUAUCUGAUUCACUCCUCCAUUUUUGUACAUAUCUGUGCCAACAGCUUGGGCAGACAGUGGCUUUUUUUAUUUGUAAAGACAUAAACUUGCUUGCAUAUAUAAAUAAAAUGAAAUAAUACACUUGUGUACUUGUUAAUAAGGGAA